AUGCCUUCGGGCACCGGCAAAACCGUUUCCCUCCUCUCUCUUAUCGUCGCCUACCAACAGCACUAUCCAGAACAUCGAAAACUCAUCUACUGCUCCCGUACAAUGUCUGAGAUCGAAAAGGCGCUUUAUGAGUUAAAGGCGUUGAUGGAGUACCGCGCGAAAGAGCUGGGCCAGGUCGAAGAUUUCCGUGGACUAGGGUUGACAAGUAGAAAGAAUCUAUGUCUGCACCCUAGUGUUAAGCGAGAGAAGAAGGGAACUGUGGUCGAUGCCCGGUGUAGGAGUCUGACGGCAGGGUUUGUGAAGGAAAAGAAGGAGAAAGGCGAGGAGGUGGAGUCGUGCAUAUACCAUGAUAACUUGGACCUUUUGGAACCACACAACCUAAUACCACCGGGUGUCUAUACGCUAGACGGAAUGCUGAAAUAUGGCGAGGAUCAGAAGCAGUGUCCAUAUUUCACGGCAAGGAGGAUGAUGCCAUAUUGCAACGUCAUCAUAUACUCAUAUCACUACCUUCUCGACCCUAAAAUCGCGGAACGGGUAUCAAAAGAGCUUUCGAAAGAUUGCAUAGUGGUCUUCGAUGAGGCCCACAAUAUCGACAACGUCUGCAUUGAGUCUCUAAGUAUUGAUAUAACGGAAGACUCGCUGAGGAAGGCGGCAAGAGGGUGUACAAGUUUGGAAAAAAAGAUUGAGGAUAUGAAAUCUACAGAUGCCGAUAAACUACAACAAGAAUAUGCAAAACUGGUGGAAGGGUUACAAGAUGCAAGCACAGCGCGAGAAGAAGAUUCGUUCAUGGCAAACCCGGUCUUACCGGACGAUUUGCUGAAAGAGGCGGUUCCGGGAAAUAUACGGCGAGCUGAACACUUUGUGGCGUUCUUGAAGAGAUUCGUGGAAUACUUGAAGACGAGAAUGAAAGUCCUCCAUGUGAUAUCAGAGACACCACCGUCGUUCUUACAACAUCUAAAGGAUUUGACUUUCAUUGAGAAGAAGCCAUUGAGAUUCUGUGCAGAGCGUCUAACGUCGUUGAUACGAACAUUGGAACUAUCUAACGUAGAAGAGUUCCAAGCCUUACAGGAGGUAGCGACAUUUGCGACACUAGUGGCAACAUACGAGAAAGGGUUCUUAUUAAUAUUAGAACCCUUUGAAUCGGAGACAGCUACAGUGCCCAACCCCAUCUUUCAUUUCACAUGCCUCGACGCAUCAAUAGCCAUAAAACCGGUGUUCGACAGGUUUUGGUCUGUGGUUAUCACUUCGGGAACAAUCUCGCCCCUGGAGAUGUACCCCAAGAUGCUGCAGUUUGAUUGCGUGGUACAAGAGUCAUAUGCUAUGACGCUUGCCAGACGGAGUUUCUUACCCAUGGUGGUGACGAGGGGUAGCGAUCAAGUCGCCAUAAGUAGUCGAUUUGAAAUCCGCAACGACCCCAGUGUGGUGAGAAAUUACGGAAAUCUCAUGAUCGAGUUCUCGAAAAUUACGCCGGAUGGGCUAGUUAUCUUCUUUCCGUCGUAUCUUUAUAUGGAAAGUAUUAUUAGCAUGUGGCAGGGAAUGGGAAUUCUCGAUGAGGUGUGGAAAUACAAGUUGAUUUUGGUGGAAACACCAGAUAGCCAAGAAACAUCACUAGCGUUGGAAACCUACCGCACAGCUUGCUGUAACGGCCGUGGCGCCGUUUUACUCUGCGUCGCCCGCGGUAAGGUCUCUGAAGGAAUCGAUUUCGACCACCAAUACGGCCGAACUGUCAUCUGUAUUGGUGUUCCGUUCCAGUACACUGAAUCUAGGAUUCUAAAGGCCCGCCUUGAAUUUCUUCGCGAGAACUUUCGCAUCAAAGAAAACGACUUUUUAUCCUUCGACGCGAUGCGACAUGCAGCGCAAUGCCUUGGGCGUGUUUUGAGAGGGAAAGACGACUACGGGAUCAUGGUUUUGGCUGAUAAACGAUUCGGGAAGAAACGGAAUCAGCUGCCCAAGUGGAUUGCGCAAGCAUUAUUAGAUUCGGAGAUGAAUCUUAGUGUGGAUAUGAGUGUUGCCGCGGCCAAGAAGUUUUUGAGGACUAUGGCACAGCCAUUUGCGCAGAAGGACCAGGAGGGGAUAAGUACUUGGAGUUUGGAGGAUUUAAAUGCACAUAUGAGGAAAGUGAGAAUCCAGCAGGAAGAGAUGGAGAGGAUGCAGGUUGAUCAGGCCGAAGAGGCUGUGAAUGGGAAUGGGAGGGAUGAGUAUGAGAUUAGUGACGAGGAAAUGGACGAGGCUAUGAUGAAGUUAGGUUAA